AUGGCGGGAAAGCGACAGGCAGAAGGAUUUUCCCACGUAGUCCAUCCCUUCAAGUUUCCUUCAGCAACGGGGAUCACACCCGCGCUGUCCCGCGGGAGGAAGGGGGAGCAAGAUGCCGUAAGGAAGUUUGUCGUUCCCCCGAUACACGGUUUCGAGAACCUCAGCUCCUUCGGGGGGAAGUAUGGGGAGAGCAAGGUGUGGCUGACUUCUAGAUAUCAAGAGGUCACAUCGAGGAAGGGCAAGAAGAAAGGAUGGCAGACGGAGAGAUUUGGACCUCCCUCAACUAGUCGAUCGCAGUCAAUCCAGGGCGUCACAUGGAGGUUCUUGAAAGAUGUCCGGACAACAAUUCCCUUGCAGAAGCGGGAAGACAAGACCUUGGACGAGCGUGAACUUGACGGAAUGUACGAUGACAUGGACUACGAGAAGCUGCUGAUGGAGCUGGACGCGGAAGAUUUAAGGAAACAGUACGUCAAGUUCCAGCAGAUACAGCGGGUUGUCACCUGA